AUGGAGGGAGGUUUUUCAAAUGAAUCCUUUCAGUUCUAUUUGAAGAUCAACCACUUUGACAUACCCCCCGUGGCUAAGUACCCCAUGUUCCUUUUGGGGGUCCUGAUCUACCUCUUUUCCGUUUUCUGCAACCUGACCAUUCUGGUUUUGAUCGUGACCCAAAGAAACCUCCACAAACCCAUGUUCGUCAUCCUCUUUAGUCUGCCACUGAACGACCUGAUGGGAAUCACAGUCACGCUUCCCAGAGUGCUGGCAGACAUUGUCACCCUGGAGCACUCUGUCUACUACCCCACCUGUGUUCUCCAGGGCUUUCUGCUACACAUGUAUGGGGGGGGCAUCCUCUUCAUACUCGCUGUCAUGGCGUUCGACAGAUACGUUGCCAUCUGCAAGCCGCUGAGAUACAAUUCAAUCAUGACCCCGCUUACUUUAUUUCUCCUCAUAGCAAGUGCAUGGAGUCUCGAUCUUAUUCUGAUAGGAGUCCUGUUCAUUCUCCAAGUCAGACUUCCUAGAUGCAAAAACUUCAUCAAGAACAUCUUCUGCGACAACCCGUCUCUGGUCCACCUCUCCUGUGGCAGUGACCUAACCGUGAACAAUGUCUACGGACUGUCAAUGACGGCAGCCAUGCAAGUUAUUAGCUUGUCUGUUCAAUUAUUUUCAUACAUUCAUAUUCUAGUUGCUUGCUUACAUCAUCGGCAGCCAGACACCAGGAAUAAGGCUCUUAACACCUGCCUGGCUCAGAUAGCUGUGUUUCUGCUCUUUGAGUGUGUCACAACAGUCACAAUUCUGUCAUAUCGCUUUAAGGAUGUCUCCCCCAACUUGCAGAAAAUUUCAGGAUUGCUAAUUUUUCUGAUCCUUCCAGUGUGUAACCCAGUACUAUAUGGAAUAAAAAACAAGGAAAUAAGAAAAACACUAGUAGCAAUUGCAAAAAAGCAAAAGGAUGUCUCCACAUAA